AUGGUGGGACGGGGGACAGUGAGAGGCAGCCACUGGAGGGGGACGGAGACAGGGAUGGGGGGCCAGAGGGGAACACAGGGGUUACAGCCCAAAGAGGAGGAAGAGGAGGAGCUGGUGGAAGAAGAGGUGGUCCCCUUCAGUCCCUUCAUAGUGCCAGGUGAGUGUUACCUUACACACACAUUUACAAACAAGUAACCUGUUGCUAUAUUCUGACGAUAGAGUCUGGUUCCUCUCAACAAGUAACCUGUUGCUAUAUUCUGACGAUAGAGUCUGGUUCCUCUCAACAAGUAACCUGUUGCUAUAUUCUGACGACAGAGUCUGGUUCCUCUCAACAAGUAACCUGUUGCUAUAUUCUGACGAUAAGAGUCUGCUUCCUCUCAAGGUUCCUUGCUGCUGCUUCUUUUUUAGGUUGAGGUCAGGUUACUGUAAAGCUCUUUGGGACGACUGUUGCACUUUGUGAUUGAUUGAUGAUUGGAAAACCAAGGCGCUGCUCCCUCCGUCCUCAGGAGGGCACUGUGAGCGUGUGCGCUGGCUGGUGUCAUUGCCUCUAUGCCUGCUGCUCUGCUGUACCAUACCCAACUGUGUCCUGCCUCGCUGGAGCCGCUGGUACCUCCUGACCUUCACACUGGAUCGCACUCUUCUCCUACCUCACGGUAUGGACUACAGCAGGACUGCCCAACCCUGUUCCUGGAGAGCUACCCUCCUGUAGGACAAUGGUGUAUGUGUUGUAGGUAUGGGGGACAUGGCUGUCUCCAACUCCAUUGGCAGUAAUAUCUUCGAUGUGCUUCUGGGACUUGGGUUCCCUUGGUUCCUGCGCACUCUGGUGGUCGACUACAGAUCAGUGGUAGGGACAUAUUUUUUGGUGUUGAUUUGUUUCUGUGUGGUUCUGGUUGACAAAUGUUCAUCAACCAAAAAGCUGCUAGAUGUUGUGCCUUUCAGGUUGCCUGAUGCAGAGAUUUUGAGUGUUUUUAUGGAUGGCAGGUGUUCAUCAACAGUAAAGGCCUGGUGUAUUCAGUCAUUCUGCUGUUGGGUUCAGUGUUUCUCACUGUGAGUAUCACUGUAAUAUUUCUUAAAGUCUAUAUUUUUUGGACAAAAUCAGACAGUAUACAGUACUUUCUCCUCUAUCACUCUCUCUCUGCAGGUCCUAAGUGUUCAUCUGAACCGUUGGUGGUUGGACCGCAGACUGGGUCUCUGUCUCAUGAUGCUCUAUGCCAUCUUCCUACUCUGCUCAGUCGGCUUACAGCGACCGUAG